AUGAAGAGAAAACACUCUACCACUGGCGACGCAGUCAUCCCCGCGUCUGGGACACCAGGAGCAACAGUACAGCCGAAGCGAGUACGCACCGGGCCAGCUCCGCCUCACGUACCGAACACUCUCCCCAUGCAGCCGCACGAGGACGUCCUCGCCGAGCUCAAGCCCAAGUACGACGUCAAGACCUUGUCGGUCAUCUCCUCGACUCCGAUUGCGAAGCGCGUCGAGCAGGUACUCGCACACCUCGGACGCUUCCACCCUUCCGACAUGAGUGUGCUGCCCGGCGUUGUCCUGGUACACGCACGGGCAGACCAGGCCGGCAAGAUGACCAGCGUGGUGGAGCUAGUCAAGAGGCGGGUGCAUGAGGCAGAACAGAAGUGGUUUCAGUACAACCGACUAUAUGAAGUGUCCGUAGAGCCGCGGCGGGCGGCUGAGCGAUCGAUCAUCGAAGACACGGUGCUGGGCGACCAUGGCGGUGGAUCCGAGGAAGAGGACGAUUUUGAGGUCAUGCAGACGCCGUUUGAGAGAGCCGUGCACAAAGAGCCCGAGGUUACGAUGAAGCCGUACAUGAGCAUCAUGCUGUCGAGGGUUCCGAUAUUAGAACUACAAGCGAAGGACUACAUAACAAGACAGUCCAAUUCAGAUCAGAUCGAGUAUCUACGAAAGAAACGUCUCGGAAUAAUCUAA